AACGUCACAGUAUUUCCGCCAGCAGGAAAAUAAACAGACUGGCAUUGACUUUAUACACGAGAAAACUCAAAGCUGACACUGUUUGCAAAUUCCACCGUGGCGCUCUAUUUUUUAGUGUUUGGAAUUCUAAGUGAUUAUUUUGGAAGCUAGAGGAACAUAUGAAUAUGAAUAUUUGUCAAGGUAUAGAAGAGAUGUUUAAAAAAUAAAAGUCUUGAGUAGCAGAAAUCAAUUUCUCUGAUUGGAAGAGAAUAUUAGACACAAAGGCAAGCAAUUUUGGCACUGGAAUACGCCUACCCGUUUUGAUGUCUAAAUAUCGUAAAGAUGGUGAAAACAUUUCAGAAAUAUCUACCAAACAAAUGUCACCGCACAUAUAGUUGUGUGCAUUGCCGAGCUCACCUAGCCAAUCACGACGAACUGAUCUCAAAGUCUUUUCAAGGGAGUCAGGGUCGAGCCUAUCUCUUCAAUGAUGUAGUAAAUGUAGGCUGUGGACCAGCAGAAGAAAGAGUUUUAUUAACUGGUUUACAUGCUGUAGCAGAUAUAUUUUGUGAGUGUUGUAAGACUACGCUGGGAUGGAAAUAUGAACAUGCUUUUGAAUCUAGUCAGAAAUAUAAAGAGGGCAAGUUUAUUAUAGAACUAGCCCAUAUGAUUAAAGAUAAUGGAUGGGAAUGAUAUGUCCACAGUAGAGCCAGAAGUCAAUUUACUUCACUAUUUCCAACCGAACAGUGCUAUUUAUGAUGUCACUCUUGGUAAACAGAGUUUAGGGGGAGACAAGUGACAAUUCUACUAUCUGUGAUGUGAAGUUGUGCUGUUAUUGGACAAUCAGGACCAAGUUAUAAUACCUUAUUAAUGGUAUAAACUAAUAGUGUCAUCUUUUUGUUUUAUAAUAUAUUAUAACUGUUGGGUAUAUCAUGUCCGCAUGUACCGACUGGUUAUUUCUCAAAAUGUCACUAACGAUUACCAUUUCAACAAACGAAAACAGAAAGAGAACUGAUUUAGAAAUGGUGGACUAUUAUUAUGAUAACUUUAAGACACAUAUUGGAUGUUUUCGGCCUUAUGUCCCUACUGACAAAGUAACUUUGACUACAAGUAAUAUUUCAUGUGUUUCGGUCAACUAGAAUUCCAAUAGCUAAAGAGCUUUUGGAAAGACUUAACAUUGUUGAUGCUUCUUGUGGAGUCCUUGGAUGGACACCAUGGUGGGAAAAUGGUGUUUAAAGUGAACUCUCUUUAUUGAUAUAUAAUAUUCUGUGAUUAAGACUGCUAUUAUGUUCUGUGACGCCAACAGAAAUAAACAAGUAAAUAAACAAACAAACAAUAACAAAGAACAAGCUUUAUUCAGGAAAAGAGAAUAUUUUUGUAAAUUCAUUUGGCUACAAUCUAUUUAUUUUAGCAACUAGCUAUGAUUAGUCUUUGCACUCUUCUGUGAUUACGGUAGUUUGAUCAAAUGUUCUGAACUUUAACCUUUGUCAGCUUCACGAUAAUCUUUAUGCCAACAUUUGCUCCUUAUGCAAAGUUUGGAAGAUUUCGUUUGAGUAAGUAUAAUUACGCCACAAUAGUUCAGAAUUUCUUGUCCUAAUAGAAGAAGAAAAAUGCUUUUUUAAAUCAAAUGAUUAAAAGAUUGAAAAAAAAAGAGAAAAAAUUAAAAUGUUAAAAAAUAUUUGAAUUUUUGUUUCUGGAUUUGAGUUUUUAUUUAUUUAUUUGAACUAUUAUUAUUAUAGAUGACAAGCAUCCUUACGAUGUAUAUUUCACUUUCUUUUGGCUUUGUUUAAAGAGUUAAUUAACGUAUCUACAAGUGUAGAUUUCCUUUACAUAUCAAGUUAAAAUAGAUUACUAAUUCUCAUAUUUCAUCUUAAGAAUCCAUCUUUGCAUAUUGAUACUGGAAUUGAAAUAAUUCAGAUUGAGGUAAUCCAGGCAUGAAAUUAUUUUAACCUUCAUUUAGAAGAAUACGGAUUGCAAAUUUCUGAAACAUAUAAGUAAUAUGUAGUAUGGUUAUUAUUUAUUGAUAAGAAAUUGGUUUUGAGUUUGUCUACAUUUUUUAAAAAACUGUAUAUAUUUUGUCACAUCAUCAUCAUUAUUAAUUGUCAAUGUCAUUUUGUCAUACUUUACACUAUAUGCCAUUAUAUUUCUAUUUAGUGCAUACAAUGUAUUUGUAUAGUACAAUAUUUCCUAUAUGUAACAAUAGUUUAUUCUUUGAAAAUUCAUAAUGAUUGUUGUAUAUUGUUGUCACCACUGUCUGUCCUUUUGUCAUCCUCAACUGCUCAUGAAUGCUUAUGGAGUUAUGACUCUUGAUCACUUAGAAAUCUUGUGGAUGUUUCAGAGACUGAAGUUAUCAUCCGAUUGACUUGAAAUGUAAACGCAGUGUUUAUGAGAUGAAGAAGCCUAAUGUAAUUAGAGUGUAAUGUUCAUUGAUUUCUAAUUAUUUGUGUUGUAGUUAUGGCCCAUGAUGUAUUUGAAAAUUUUUGUGAACCCUCCAGAGGUUACGGUUAUCAUCUGAUUGUUUCUCUUCAUGAGUUGAUGAGUUGAAAAAGCCUUUUGGUUUUCAACUUGAACAGCUAAAUUUAUCCUGUUUUGUUUAUGUUAAUGCCAGGGAGAAAUAAAACCAGUCAAAUUUUUAUUAAAUUAAUUCUAUUGAUUACAUCAAAGGUUGUUGCCCUUGAUCAGUUUUUAGUAUCUUGUAAAUUCUCCCAUUAUCUUGAAAAAAAUAAAAAUGUGACAGUUGUUAUGGACUGUUCUCCCAACUUAGCUGCUGUGAGUGUACCUAUUGUUACUUGGUAACCUAUCUUUCAUGAAAUAAUAAUAAUAAUGUAUUGAGGUUGUAUGCACCCCAUUUACAUUAGGUCCCAAUAAAGUUGUAGUACCAGGAGUAUAAAUCUUUUCGAAUUUGUUUAAAAGUCCGAACUGUGUAUCCUUCUACUUUUGCUGUGCUAACAGGUUAAAGAGCCCAUAAAUAAAACGAGCACACUAUUUAGCUCUUGCUAAUAUUCAUGAUGAGUACUUUCAAAUGAAUGAAAUUAUUAUGAGAAACCCAGAUUCAGUGAGAGAAAAACAGUAAUUGUUCUAAAUAUUUAAUAUAAGCUUAUAUUUCAAACAUACUUAUUAUAUUUCACACUUAUACAUAUAUAAUAUAUUGGGUAUCGCAGCAUCGCUUAUUUUAACUUUUCCUUAUAUUUAUUCAAGCUUUUUUAGUAAAUCUAUAACAGGCACAGGCUAACAGCUAUUUUCAAUACAUUAUUAUUAUUAUUACAGCAUAUUUAUAGAGAGCCCUUUCAUAUAACAGUGUUGAGGCACAUUACAAAACAAGAAGAUUAUUGACAUCUUAACAGUUAACAAAAAUUUUAGUCAUUGAGUAUUUAGUAGAAAUUAUUUUAGGCUUAACUGUGGUAUUUGCUUUUAUUUAGUGCUAUCAUUUCAUAUUGUUUUAUACUUGUAUGUUAUUUUAUUUUUUUAGUUAAAUUAGUGCAUAUCUUAACAAUAGUAUCCUAAUUUUAAUAAUAAUUGAUAAAAAAAAAAAAAACAGUUAAGGGGGAAAAUAAUUUAAAAAGAUUUUUUAAUUAAGUAACUGGUACUAUAAUCAUAGUGCUAUUCAAAUUUUGUAAACUAAUCAGUGAUAUUUUUUUUGUGUGUGUGUGUGUUUAAUUACUUAUGCUUUAAAUAUUUAUUUAUUUCAGUUUAAAAAUCGAAAAAGGUUCCAAUAAUUCAAGCAUUGCUCUAGUCAUUUCAGAAUUUUUUAAUAUCAUGACAGAUAUUAGGAAAUUUACUAUCAAUAGUCUUACUGUACAUUAACAGUGUCUAAAAUAAUAUAAUUAUUAAUAUUUAAUUCUUAGUACAGUACCAGCUUGUAAUAUCAUAAUGCUGAAAUUUGUUAUUUCUGAAAAUGAAAAUUAAAAUGUCGCCACUCCUUAGCAUCAAAGAGAUCACAAUUUGUAAAUGUUCACCCUAAUUCAACUCUCCAUGUAUGCUUUAUACUUCAGCCUGUACUUGUCAUCAAUUAUCAUAUUAGUAUUAUUAUCACCAGUAAUAAAAGAUAUAUCCAUGUAAUGUGUUGUUCUGAAAAAUUGACAAGUCUCAGUUUUUUUUUUCAUUCGUCUCAUUAUUUUGUUCAUUAACCUAUCUUUAUUUUGUGUGAUCAACGCUAAUCUUAGAAAUUUAUUUAUUAUAUUAUCUAGCUAAUGAUUUAGCCUAUUUUUUUUUAAUGUGAAUAAUGUUUUUUUCCUUCUUGAUAUAGUUUUCUAGUUAUACAUAUUUGAAUUUUUUUGGUAUGAGAAUUGGUGUUUGUGUUAAAUCCAUAAGCCAUUAAUAAUCAUGUAUUUUGGAGUUACGUAAAUAUUGCUAAAUGUUUUGUACAGUAAUCAUUUUGUAACAACUGAGCUGGGAUGGAUUUUAUUGUGAAAGCUGAAAGUGCAUAGGUUGAUCAGAAUUGAACAUACAUAUUGAUUUGGGGUUAUUUUGGGGGCGGGGAAGGAUUCAAAACAUAACAUUGAUAAUAUAUGUUGACAAAAAGAAUUAAAUAUUUUCUGAAAGCAUAACACAUCAUAUUGCAUUGACUAACUGUUUUAAAACUUCUAUCAACUAUGCACUUUUAACUGAAUGCGUAUUGCCAUUUUGAGUUAUAGAUGAAUUUUCUAUAUUUUUUAGAAAUUUUAAAGGGAAAGAUCGAAAGAUUCUUUAGUUACAACAUGACUCAUAACAUGUAUUUUUUUUUUUCCAUUCGGGUUUAAGUAUUAGACAAAUAUUAUAAAUCUGGUAACAAAAAUAUUGUCACAAUUUCAUAAAUUGGAUGACAUUGGAUUGCUACAAUACUAUGAGUGAUUGAAUUUGUUAAAGAAUAUAUGUAAUUCAUCAAUAAGUGUAGACGAAAGGACCAGCUCAAGCUGUUGAUCAUAGUUUUCUGGGUAUUGUCUGAAGAUAUUUUUUAGUGUAGUUAUUUUUGAGAUUGGGAACAGUAUGUAUGGUGAUAGAUGUAAUUAUUUAUUUAAUAUUAUUAAUAAUCUAAUUAUUGUUGUGAUAUAAAAAUGUAGUUUGAUAUUUAUUGUGUAAUGUUCUCUUGAAAAAAAAAGACAUCACAGUUUAAAUAGUUUGAGGAAUAUUAAGAAAAAUACUACAUUGUGUAUGUACCUAAACUUUUCAGUUUUUGCCACAAUUAUCUACAGUGAAUGAAAGAGUUUUGACAUAGAUGUAUAUAUCAUACUUUUGUUUUAUCUAUUUGUUGGUAUAAACAUCCCUGAAAUUCUUUUAAUUCUAAACUAAUGACUGAUAUAAAAAAUAAAUUAAAUUAAAUUUUGGAGGUAACAUUUGGCUUUGUCAAAUGUAUAAAUAAAUAUAAAAGCGCAAGUGAUCAAUUUUGGCCAUGUAAAAUCAUUACUAUUCCUUGGUACUUCCAUAUAAGGAGAAAUAUUCAUUCUAUAUUGAACUCAACACAGAUUUUAUUUAUCAUAUUGGCUUCAGAUUACCAAGUUUACUUGGACCUAUCAGUACAAGUUUUGUUAUGGUAACCAACAUGUACAGAUUUAACUACCAGCACUUUUUUUUAAAAUGAAUUCCUUACAAUAGGCCUACACGCAGCAUGUGACUAAUGCAUUAUUGAUGUUUAAAUUUUUCACAAAAAUUUCUUGAAAUUGAACUUGCAGCCAUUUAUAUUUCAUCCUUUCUAAUGAUCACCUUCAUCAAUCUAGUGCCAUCAAUUUUAUUUGGUCUAGUAAGGUUAUCUAUUAUCUUUCAAAAAGCUUAGUCUUAAAAGGGUACAUACACAUGUAUAAAUUAAAGUACUUUAGCAUUAUUCAUGUAUUAAUUUGAACAUAUGAAUAAUGCUUUUGUAAUAAGGAAAGUCUUUCAUUUUGUAAUAAAAAUAAUAAAAAAUGUAACAACAGUACUAAUUUCUAAACUACAUUUUGUGUAUGAAUGUAAAACAGACAAAAUAAGUUUAUAAAUGAAGAUCGUGUUGCCAAAUAAAUAUAUUUCAUUUUCAAGCAUUUCAUAUAAAUUGUAAGAUAAACAAUCAUGCAGUAAAAAAACAAUAAAAUGUAUCGCUGAUGGUGAA